AAGUUGAAGUAUCCCCCAAGCACUAUAUGAGUUCUAAAGUUGUAAUUUUAGGGGCUGGAGUUAGUGGAUUAACCACAGCUCUCGAACUAAAGCGCCUGAAUCCCAAUGCAGAAAUCACAAUCGUGGGCGAGUUCAUUCCUGGAGACAUUGAUAAAUCAUAUACUUCCCCAUUUGCAGGAGCUAACUGGCAAUCAUUUGCAACAUAUGAUGAUACAGAGCUUCAGGAGAUAGAUAAAGUUGGAUACAGCAAAUUCUUACAGCUUGCUAAUGUGGAUUAUAGAGCAGGUGUUUGGAUCAAGGACAACAUAUCUUACUUUACCGACCAUGAGAUCUCGUCUAAAGGAUCAAACUUCAGAGAAUUUCUUCCUUGGUAUAGAAACUUUGUCGAAGAUUUUGAAAUUAUUGAUAAGCAUAACCUUCCUCCAGGAGUUGCUUUUGGUACUAGAUUUAAGGGUGUGGUUAUUUCAGUCCCAACUUAUUUGAAGUUCCUUGUUGACCAAAAUAAAGAGAUAGGGAACACAAUUAAGAAGAUCAACAAGGUAAAACAUAUUGAAGAUGUCAGGAAAUUUCAUGCUUCUGGAAAAGUAGCAGACUACGUGAUAAAUGCAACUGGAUUACUGGCAACUUCAAUUGGAGGUAUCGAUGAUCACAAAGUGAAUUAUACUGUGAGAGGUCAAGUAUUACUUGUAAAGAACAAUGCUAGAGACUUAUUGACAGUUGAAGGGUUUCCUGGUAGGGAAAACGAAAUGCUCUAUAUGAUGCCUAGGGUUGAAGGUGGAACUAUUAUUGGAGGCUGUUUUUAUGAAAAUGACAAGAACUCUGAAGAGGACACUGAAUUGACAAAGAGGAUUAUCAAAAGGGCAAUCAGAUAUGCGCCCGAAUUGAUCAACCCAAAAUACAAAGGGAAUCCUCGGAAACUUGAAAUAGUUCAAGUUAAUGUGGGUUUUAGACCAUACAGAGUAGGGGGAGCAAGAGUAGAAGCUGAUAAAAAGUACGAUUGGCUUAUUCAUAACUAUGGUGCUGGAGGUGGAGGUUAUCAAGGAAGUUAUGGGUUUGCUCGUAAAACAGUAGAAGUGCUUAAAAAGAAGACUUCGCAAACUAAACCAAAAUUAUAAGGUCAUUGUUAGUCUGCAUCUGCUGCAUAUAUAGGAUUCCCAGAAACGAACGAUUCAAGAAAUUUCUUGAAUUGGAGCUAUUCUCUCUCAAAUAUGCAUAAUAUGAAAUGAUAUAGUUCUUAGAUUAGUAGUUCAGUCAAAUUAUAUUUGACAUAUCGUUCAUU